AUGCCUUUCAAGUGGGAUGCCCAGUCCGAAAGGAACCUUCUUCUGUCUGCCAUUAAAGUCAUGGGAAAUCCACCCGCAACGAUUUGGGAUCAGGUGGCCGAGACGAUUGGCAACGGGCAUGAAGUCAACGGCAACGCAUGCAGUCAAAAAUUCUACAAGUUGAAGAAAGAGUCCGAGAAUUUGCUCGCUGAGGGCGGCGGUGUGGCAAGCAGCAAUGACGCGGCUACGCCCACAAAAGCUCCGAAAACCCCAGGCAGCAAGGGAACCGGUGGACGCAAGAGAAAGAAUGCCGACAUUGAUGGUGAUGGGGAAGUGGCUACGCCGAGCAAGCGUGGAAAGGCGAAGAAGGGCGCAGCCCCUGAGGUUGAGGUGAAAACUGAAGUCGAGAAUGAGGUUACCCCUGCCGUCAAGGUCGAAAGCGCCGAUGGGAACGCCAAAUGA